GUCUGUAGUCCCAGCUACUCUGGAGGCUGAGGUGGGAGGAUCACUUGAGCCCAGGAAGUUGAGGCUGCAGUAAGCGGUGAUCAUGGCUGCACACUCUAUUCCAACCUGGGCAACAGAGCAAGACCCUGUCUAAAACAUAAAUAAACAAAAAUUUAAAAUAUAACCAAAUGUUAAAAAACAUUCAACAUGCAAUGAAUUUACACACCUACCUCUGCUCAUUGCACAAGAAUUCAGAAGAAAUCCAUUGCAUUCAAUUUUAAGGUAAGGGUUUGGGGGCAGUUCUAAAGGGUUUUUAUUUGUAAUAACCAGAUGGCAGCUUAAUUUCUGCUGUAUUUUGUAGAUACUUGGCCUAAUUCUGACAGAGAGCAGAUUUUCUCUUACACAAAUAUUUUUAAAUGUUUAAGAUUUUAUUGUAAAUUGAAAUUUUUUUUCUUUAUGCUAUAAGUGGGUUUUUUUCUUCUAGAUUAAAUUCAUAUAUUGAAAAUAUUAUUCAGAUCCCAUGGGACAUAACUGGAACCAGUGCAGUGCUAUGAAGAACUAGGAGACUAGCCUGGAUAUUAACUUGUCAUCUAGAGAAUAGAUUUCAUGUUCCAUUAUUCUGCAAUGGUUAAUUCACGCAGAACACCAAGGUUUAAUAUUCACACAGGAUUUUACUGCUUAGCAGCCAUCUUGCCCCAAAUAUCCAUUUGUUCUCUGAGUUAUCACUUCACUGAGGACCUUGGGGCUUUCCCAGUAGCUGCCAAUGGGGAACCAUUUCCUUGGCAGGAGCUAAGGCUCCCCAACGUGAUCAGUCCCCUCCAUUAUGACCUCUUUGUCCAUCCCAAUCUCACCUCUCUGGACUUUGUUGCAUCUGAGAAGAUUGAGGUCUUGGUCAGCAAUGCUACCCAGUUUAUCAUCUUGCACAGCAAAGAUCUUGAAAUCACGAAUGCCACCCUUCAGUCAGAGGAAGAUUCAAGAUACACGAAACCAGGAAGAGAGCUGAAAGUUUUGAGUUAUCCUCCUCAUCAACAAAUUGCACUGCUGGUUCCAGAGAAACUUAUGCCUCACCUGAAAUACUAUGUGGCUAUUGACUUCCAAGCCAAGUUAGCUGAUGGCUUUGAAGGGUUUUAUAAAAGCACAUACAGAACUGUUGGUGGUGAAACAAGAAUACUUGCCGUAACAGAUUUUGAGCCAACCCAGGCACGCAUGGCUUUCCCUUGCUUUGAUGAACCAUUGUUCAAAGCCAAUUUUUCCAUCAAGAUCCGAAGAGAGAGCAGGCAUAUCGCACUAUCCAACAUGCCAAAGGUUAAGACAAUUGAGCUUGAAGGAGGCCUUUUGGAAGAUCACUUUGAAACUACUGUAAAAAUGAGUACGUACCUUGUAGCCUACAUUGUUUGUGAUUUCCACUCUGUAAGUGGCUCUACCUCAUCAGGAGUCAAGGUGUCCAUCUACGCGUCCCCAGACAAAUGGAAUCAAAUACAUUAUGCUUUGCAGGCAUCACUGAAGCUACUUGAUUUUUAUGAAAAGUACUUUGAUAUCAACUAUCCACUCCCUAAACUGGGUAUGUUCAAAUUCCACAUUAUUGUCAUUUUCUUCAUUUUUGCUCAUAGAACUUGCUUUGAUUUCUUCCCUCCUUCUAUCUCUUUCUAUAUGAUUUAAAUGAGCACUAAAGAAUUCAGUUAGCUCAAGAAAAAAUCGUUUAUUCCUCAGAGAUGGUCCCUAAGUGCAGAAAAUAUUUAUGAGAUGCCCCGAUAGUGUGGAUCAUUUCUCUAUUCUUUUAUCCCAUUUAAUGUAUCUGCAUUGCACUCUCCCAGGCCGAUCAGAAAAGGCACACACUGGAGGCUCGGACAGAAGCCAGGUAGAGGGCCCUGGAAAGAGAUGGGGAGAAAGAGGGAAGAUAAACAGUGACUGCUCUGUUCAAAAUAGGAGACCACGUGUCCAAGAGCUCGUCACAGGAAUGCUCUUUGAAUAUUUGUCCAUCACAGUGAUGCUGUGGCUCCCUGUGGCAGACAUCAUGGCUCUCAGCCAUUAUGUUCCUCUUCUGUGGGAGGGAAACACACCUCCCAUCAUGCUGUUCUUCUAUGCCCCAGCAGCGUUGAUUAGAGAAUGAAUUUUCCAUUAAAAAAUACACACACACACACACACAUCAUAUUACAAUUAGAGGAAUUUCUGGAGCAAUCGCUAUUGUACAAGGUCAAUAUUUGUCCAAGGUCCUAUUUGUACAAGGUCAACAAUCUUUUAUUUUAGCUUUACUUUUUACACUUUAUUUAUUUAUUUGAGAUGGAGUUUCUCUCCUGUUCAAAGGUUUAUGUAGACAGAGAACUGAAAACUGUGCCUCCAUCUGUUACUUAUAUUGGGCACUGAGGUUGGAUGGUAAGACUGUGGAAUAGAUUUUUAAAAAUUGCAGGAGGCCAGGCG